AUGAAGAUACUACUCAUCGGAACAGGAGGUUGCCUGCCUCGAUCAUCGGCGACAGACAAGCUCAACCGUCGAUUAAUUCCUGUAUCACAAUACCUCAGUCAGUUCGUGUUGGAUAUCCGGCACCGCCCAGGGAAAUCCAACCUAGUCGCGGAUGGCCUUUCACGUCUGCCAUCCACACAGACUCCCGAACCAGACUCCAAUGUUCUCGACGAAGUCAUCGACGCAUGCGCGGACGAAGUGCCUUGUUUCGUGACCUGCUUUUUCGAAAUCGACCUAGAAUACAUGGCGGCGCUGGAACGCGGCUACCAUGUUGACCCAGUUCUGGCCCGUAUCUGGAAGAACGUGGACGACGGCAAGCUCGCGGCCUAA